GCCGCUGACGCUGUCAAAAACGUUGUGGCUUCAGCAGUAACAACAGGGAGCCCCCUCCCUCCGCCGGGCAGCCGGGUCACCCGCUCCGUGGGAGAAACUAAACGCUGAUAAUCCAUUAGCUUCGUCUUCCCCGCUUACGCGAAAGUGAUGAAGACUUGCUAAUUAAUUUACAUACGAGGGAAUGAUCUCGGAAGGAAGGAGAAAACACCCCGUUGCACCUGCUCCGCCGAGACUCGUCGUCUGAAUCUGGAGGAGAGCUAUAAAUCAUGUAAAGUGUUCGCGGUGGAGUCGGCUUCUGAGAGCUGUAGGAUUAUGUAUCCAAGCGCUGAAUUUAUAUUUCCCACUAGGAAAAGACUGAAACUCAGAUGCUUCAGAAACUUGCUGUGUGUUUACCACGGGUUCUGCCAACCAGCUCGAGAGGGGAUUUACCUAUUCUUUCAUUAGCCGAGCAUCACAUUAUCUUCAACUAACUAUUCCUCUCCACAUGGCCUUCCUACUAGUGUCAGCUUAUCUUCUGCUGACUCAUGCUCAGGGUGCUCCUGUUGAGAAUGGGGCACUGUUGGAAACACUGAAGUCACAAGUAGGAUUAUUCAGCAAUAAAAGUGAACACUAUUCGGCACAGGUGAGACCUCCUGGCACAAGCCGACAAAUACCUCAGACAAUCAUCAUAGGAGUUCGUAAAGGAGGGACAAGGGCUUUGCUGGAAAUGUUGGAUAUUCAUCCUAAUAUUGUGGUAGCAGCUACAGAAGUCCACUUCUUUGACUGGGAUGAAAAUUACGUGAAAGGAAUAGACUGGUAUAGAAGUCUGAUGCCAUUUUCUUAUGGAAAUCAAAUUACAAUUGAGAAAACACCAGGCUAUUUUACAUCACCACAGGCUCCAGAAAGAAUUCAUGACAUGAAUAGCUCCAUUAAACUGCUGCUCAUUCUAAGAGAUCCCACUGAGAGAGUUAUAUCUGACUAUACCCAAGUGUAUUACAGCAGAGUAGAAAGCCACAAGCCUGUUCAGCUUUUUGAAGAUAUUGUUAUUAAGAAUGGAGCACUUAAUACCAAAUACAAAGCUAUUCAGAGAAGUCUAUAUGAUGUUCAUAUGGAAAAGUGGCUUAAGCAUUUCAGUUUGGAUCAGAUUCACAUAGUGGAUGGCAAUACUUUAAUCAAGGACCCUCUUCCUGAAUUACAAAAAGUUGAAAGAUUUCUAAAUCUUCCUUCCCGAAUUAUGUCUUCGAAUUUUUAUUUUAACCAGACCAAGGGAUUCUACUGCAUUAGAAGUGAUGGAAGGGAGAGAUGUUUACAUGAAUCCAAGGGGCGCCCCCAUCCUCUUGUUAACAACACUGUUUUAGAGCAACUGUAUUCGUACUUCAGAGAGCACAAUGCAAAAUUUUACAGAAUGGUUAAUCAUUCCUUUGACUGGCAUUAAUGCAUUUGGAAUCAAUGUUUCUUAAAAAGGGCCUGAAACAAACUCUUUCAAACAUACCUUUCUAAACCGUAGAGAUUCGUAUUAUGAGAACGUAACAUACUGGUUAUAUGCUUCAUUGGAGUAACACAUCUGUUAACUCAUUGAAAUGGUACCCUUUAUGUUGGGAAAAAUAGGUUUCACGAAUUUGUAUGAUUACUGUGAGUCACGUUCUGAUCUUCUUUCUCUCAUCAUGCAAAUACAUUAACUUCAGCAGACAUUUCAGAUAUGUAUCUGUUGCAAGAUUUGUGCUGUUUUAGAAAAAUGACUGCUUCUAACAGUGUAAAAAAUGUAAAUAUUGAAAAUGGUAUUAUUCUAACUGUUCUGUAUUUUUUUUGUUAGUAUUUUUUAUAUCACGCACAGCGAUAGUGGUGUUUGUUGAUUACUAGAAUUUUUCAUACAGUAAGUUAAAUUGUAUGUUAAAACAGGGGCAUAUGUAGUGGCUCAAAUAAAUAAUUCAUCCUCUGUUAAUAUGCCGAAGUUCUUAAUUAAUAAUAAAAGGAAUCUAUUUUGCCUAUGAUUUUGAAUAGGUGAACUAGAAGCUCCCUGUCCGUAUAUCAUUAGUAUUAAACCACACUCUUACUAUCUUGGGUUUGUAAAAAAAAAUCUCCAAACAAAGUAAGAAUAUGAACUGUUUGAAGAAGCUUUAAGUGAGAGCUCUGAAUGUAAAGAAGUUAAAAUAUCCCAGGCAACCUCAAUUUACACUGUUUUCCUAUACACUAAAAAAAAAAAAAUUAAUGCAAAAAUUUAUUAAUAUCAGCAACUGUACAAAUAUUUGCUUAUAUAAAUUAUGUCACUUUGCUCU